AUGAAAUCCACGCACGCAGCCAUUGACCACCCACCCGAGGGGAAAGCAGAACAAGAUGCCCCCGAGCCGCAGCAAGACCCUGCAAAGCUUCAGCUCGGCAUCCGCUUCUGGCUCGCGUUCUGGGCGAUCGCGUUUACGAACCUUGCCGCCGCCUUUGACGCGACGACCCUCUCCGUUGCCCUCCCGGCAAUCUCAACAUCCCUCGGCCCCUCCCCCUCUGCCUUCUGGGCCGGAACCUCGUAUCUCCUCGCGUGCACGAUCCUCAUGCUCAUCUGGGUGACGCUCAGCGACGCCUUUGGCCGGCGCCCCGUCCUCCUCACCGCACUGACAUUUUUCACCCUCGGAGUGAUCAUCUGCGCAGUCGCGCACUCCUGGCGCACGCUCCUCGCCGGCCGCACAAUCCAGGGUCUCGGCGGCGGCGGCCUCGUCUCGCUCACCACAGUGAUCAUCACCGACCUCGUCCCGCUGCGGCAGCGCGCGAGCUUCAAUGCGAUGGUGAGUACGGUCUGGGCGGUGGGGAGCGCGACGGGGCCAGUCCUGGGUGGCGUGCUAGCGGUGCGCGGGGCGUGGCGGUGGAUCUUUUGGAUCAAUCUGCCGAUCGUGGCUGUGGGUGCUGCGGGAAUCGGGAUGUUUCUGACGUUGAGCAGGAGGAAGAGGACGAUACGCCAGAAACUGGCCCUGUUUGAUUUCCCGGGCUCGGUUUUGUUCACUGCGUCUGUCACGGCGUUUUUGAUCCCCGUUACCUGGGGUGGUGUGCAGCACCCGUGGGAGAGUUGGCGGACCCUUGUCCCGCUGGUUCUCGGGGCGUUGGGGCUGGCUGCGUUCGUGGGGUAUGAGGUCCUCGUUGCCAGAUCAGCCGGCGGGCCACUCGAUACCGAAACCAGCCCUAGCACGAGGAGGCGAAGCAAGAAGCCCCUCCUCAUCCCCGUCUCGGUCCUCCCCUCCCUCACCACCCUCGCCCUCUACACAACCAGCGCAUUCCACGGCCUGGCCCUCUUCAGCCUCGUCUACUACAUGCCCGAAUACUUCCAGUCGGUCAAGUCCUACACGCCCGUAGUCGCCGGCGUCGCCUCCCUCCCAGGGACAAUCACGACCGUCCCCUGCGCGAUCCUCGUCGGCGUCGUCGUCGGCAUCUCAGGCAGGUAUCGCUGGGCGCUGUGGGUUGGCUGGGCCCUUACCUGUCUGGGUAUUGGGUUGCUUAUCCUCCUCGAUGAGGAGACGAGUGUCGUACAGUGGGUGUUUAUCCAGGGCGUUUCGGGCCUGGGGAUUGGGUGUUUGUUCCCGUCGAUUUCGAUCGCGGUGCAGGCGUCUGUGCCGCAGCGCGAGGUCGGUGUUGCGGCGACGCUGGUGCUGUUCGCCCGGUCGCUGGGCCAGGCGCUGGGUGUUGCGGUGGGCGGGGUUAUCCUGGAUAACCAGCUGCGGAGGCAUCUCUCACCCGGAUUGCUGGCGGGUAUACGCAACAGGACCACCGAGACAUUCGGUGAUCGGGCGCUGAAUGCAGUCACCCUCGUCGAGGUCCUGGACGGGCUAUCAGCUGGCUCUUCGGAGGCGAGAGAGAUCCGCCGCGCGCUGGUCAAGUCGUUCCAGGUGAUCUGGAUGGUCCUGUGUGGGUUUGCAGGGAUGAAUCUGGUGUUUAGUCUCUUUGUGAGAGAGUAUGGGCUUGAUCAGAGGCUAGAGACGGAGCAGGGGUUUGUUCACGCUGGGUCUGGUGGGAGUGGUGGUGCUGCUCAUGAAGACCAGAAGGCUGGAAAGAGCACGGAUGGUUGAUAGUUCAAGUUGGCUUAGGGCAGAGCCUGGGACCGAUAUUGAUUGGUGAGGGUAAUCGGUCGGGAUGCCCUGUUUACGACGCGUAG